GGGCGCUUUAGGAACGGCAAAGGGGGCGGUGGCGGGGGGAUGAUGAUAUAUGGACAUUCAUUGCGCGACACCACUUUGAUGUUCGUCCAAGGAGCACUUCCGGCCGUUUCUGCGUGACUUUGAACUGAUUGCAAAUGUUUAAUGUGGGACAUGACAAUGCGCGCCGUUGACGUCAGUUUAAAGACCUGCAAGAGGUUGUCCCUCGUUCGAUUCAACGUGUGCUGCGUUCACUGUCAUUGAAAGAGCAUUCGCGAUCCACGUUUCAUGGCAAUAAUAUGUUACAAGGGUGGAUGUUGAGCGGCUAUGUAUUUCUCUAUUUUUUUUUAGGGUUGGGAAUGGAAAGUGGUUACCAGAGUGGGGGAGCUGAGUUUGGGAAUAAAUAAAAACGUCUUGUGUGUCAGCUAUGUCAUAUUGGCCGCCAGGGGGGAAAGGCUAAGUCGAAUGACCCAGCACAUGGUGGGAAGUAAACCCCUCCCGGUCGCUAGCUUUUGGUAGCCCUCUUCCGUGCUUUUGUUUUCGGGCGUAGCUUUGUCUAUGUGUGUAUGUAGCGUCGUCAAACGAUUGCGUGACAGAUGGGGCUUUUGUGUGAAAUACGACUCGCGGCCAACAUGACCUCCAGCGUCACGCGUCGAGUGGUGCGUGCGGUGGGAGUUGUCUGGUGAAAAAUGCAUUGUUGUGUCGAGGGGGGGGUGGAAGAGCCGUCCGGGCUUCUGCCACCGCCGCCGUCGUCGCUCUGCUAUUCACUCGGCCAAGCGAUUCUCACGAUUAUGAAUAGCCUUUCAAACCCAAAUACGGGACACGAACAAGACACCAAGCAUCUUUACGUUCGUAUUAACAAUUGAGUUUUAGUCGCCCAAUUGGAUGAGAACUCUGCGUGCGGGAAGGGAGCCACUUAGCAGGCCCUUUCGCCAUUGCUUUGUAAGGCUGCUGGCAAGCUAACACCGUUAUCAACCCAAGAAACACGGAGCAACAAGAUGAAGAAGAAAGCCCGGAACCACCGAGUUUCGGCACCGGAGAGGCCUUCGUCGCCCAUCAAGCCCUCACCCAACAAACAGAUCCUGACGUACGCUCAGGCGCAGCGCAUGGUGGAGUUUGAACUCGACGGCCGCAUCCAUCGGCUCAGUGUCUUUGACCGGCUCGACGUGAUCUCUGACGGCGACCCCGUGUUGCGGGAAAUGGUGGAGUGUGCCAAAAACAAGGAGAACGCAGACAAACCACAGCAGCAGGUUCUGGUGAGGUCGAUCCGAUUAAAAAACAACCGCGACAAGAGAAAAGCUGCACUGGGCAUCACUGCUCAGAAAGAAGGAGGCGGGCAUCCUGUCAGUGUUCAUCCCGGUCCGAAACUGCCAGAGCCUAAAUUUCGGACUGUAGAAUAUAACUUGCCAGCAGUUCCUAAACUUCAUUCUUCUUAUUAUAAAUAUGAAGAGAAGACCGAGGAAGAGCUUGAUGAGGAAACCGAGUACGACAUGGACGAGGAAGAUUACGCCUGGCUUGAUUUGGUCAACGAAAAGCGACGAAGUGAAGGCGCCAGCCAGGUGUCUUUCAACGUCUUUGAGUUCCUUAUUGACCGCUUUGAGAAAGAGUUGUACCUAGAAGGCUUGGAUAAAGGCAGCGAGAAGCAAGCUUCUGUGGACGAAGACACGGUGUGCUCCAUCUGCAUGGACGGCGAAUGUCACAACAGCAACGCCAUUCUCCUCUGCGACCUGUGCAACGUGGCCGUUCACCAGGAGUGUUACGGCGUCCCCUACAUCCCCGAGGGCCAGUGGCUUUGCAGACACUGCCUGCAGUCGCCAAUGCAGCCCGCCAACUGCGUCCUUUGUCCCAGUAAGGGCGGGGCGGUGAAAAAGACGGACGACGACCGCUGGGGCCACGUGGUGUGCGCCCUCUGGGUCCCUGAGGUGGGCUUCUCCAACACUACCUUCAUCGAGCCCAUCGACGGCGUCCGGCACAUCCCGCCGGCCCGCUGGAAGCUCACCUGUUACCUGUGCAAAGAAAAGGGCGUCGGGGCGUGCAUCCAGUGCCACAAAGCCAACUGCUACACCGCCUUCCACGUCAGCUGUGCCCAAAAAGCCGGCCUCUUCAUGAAGAUCGAGCCCGUUAAAGACAUGACUGAGUCAGGCGAGCCCACCUUGUCGUUGAAAAAGACCGCCUACUGUGGUGCUCACACACCCAAUGGCUGCGUGAGGAGGAAACUCGCAAUCUACGACGAGGUCAAACCCAAGAAUGGACUAUGUAGCAAAGUGGACAAAGUUCGAAGAGCUGCUCAAUGUAAAGGGAAACAGAAGAAAAAGACUAAAAAACCUGAGCCAGAUGUUAAAAGUGAAGUGCCAUCUCCUGCUGUUGUGCCUACGUUUCCUGAUCAUAGGUUGCAAACUAUUCUGAACCAGGUAUCGGUCCAAAAAAAGAAAGCGUUUGUGGAGCUCGUCUUAAAUUACUGGACUCUUAAACGACAGUUCAGGAAUGGGCUCCCAUUGAUCCGACGCCUCCAGACAAGUCUCCAGUCCCAGAAAAAUGCGCAGCCGAAACGGAAUGAGGAAGAAACACGGGCGCUGAAGGAGCAGCUGAAGGAGUGGCACCGGCUCCGGCACGACCUCGAGAGAGCCCGGCUGCUGCUGGAGCUCAUUCGCAAGAGGGAGAAACUCAAGAGGGAGGAGUUAAAAUUCCAAGAGAGCCUGCUUGAGAUGCAGCUCACUCCAUUUAGCAUCCUGCUCAGAGCCGUCUUGGACCAGUUACUGUCAAAAGACCAGGCCAGGAUCUUCACCCAGCCAGUCGACAUCAAUGAGGUGCCUGACUACCUCGACCACGUCAAGUGCCCUAUGGACUUCUCCACCAUGCGGCAGCGCAUCGACGCCCAGAAAUACAGCAACUUUGACCAGUUCGAGGAGGACUUCGACCUCCUUGUCGACAAUUGCAUGAAGUACAACUCCAAGGACACCUAUUUCUACCGGGCUGCCGUUCGCCUUCGAGAUCAGGGCGGGGCGGUGAUUCGGAAGGCGCGGCGGGAUGCGGAGAAAAUCGGCUUCGACGCAGUCAGCGGCAUGCAUCUGGAAGAGGUCCCCGAAGUAAAGACAUCGGCAUUUUCGUGGGAGGACGUGGAUCGCUUACUCGUGCCCGCCAACCGCAGCCAUUUGCCCCUGGACAAGCAGCUGCAGCAACUUCUGGAGAAGUUUGACCUGACCUGCGCCAUGAAGUCCAGCCCGUCCCGCAGCAAACGCAUCAAGCUGCUGAAAAAGACCAUUAAUGACGUGCGCAGCGUCAUGAGCCUGAAGAGAGUCCAACCCUCCCCACACCAGCACCACCACAACAGCAGCUCGUCCUCUGGAGCCCCUUCGUCAUCAGCGUCAUCUUCAUCAGCUGAGGUCGUGGCUAAGACUGAAGAGGAGACAUGGAAGCCAAAUGGACAUUUCCCAGAUGACGAGGCAGACAAGUCUCUCCCGCCGAAACUUGAACCCUCCGACGCCAUUCCUCCUCUCAUCCACUCGGACACGGACCCCGAGCCCCCUACCCUCAAACCCAUCGACGUCACCCCAGAUUUUGACAAAAAGACUCACGGCAAGUUCGACGGGGACCGACCAAACACCCCGUCGUCCCCGCCACACCUAAACGGCCACUUCCACAGUAACCUCCAGAAUUCUCUAUUCGAUGGCGACGUUAGCGUAGUGGCCACAUCCACCCUGGCCGAGCCGGCGGGCACCGUCAGUCGGCGGACCGCCGUGCUCUUCCGCAAGUCCCAAGCCACCGGUCCCCACAAGCUGGCGAGGGGUGGCGACGACAAUGGCCCUGACCAGGCCGAGAGGAAAGAGAGCGAGGAGGAGGUCGACGGCGGCAACACGCAACUGGGUUCCAAAUCCUUUCUGUCCGUCGUGAUUCCUAGACUGGAGACCUUACUUCACAGCAAAAAACGGAAACAUCUUGACAGCCAUGAGGAGGUCACAGAGGAGGACGAGUCUCCUGUUAAAAGACUUGACAUGGGGCUGUCGAGAGGUUUCCUGGAGGUGGAAGAGGAGAAAGAGCUUGGCCAGCCCAGCAGAGUGAGCAGACCUGUAGAGCCACGUAGACGCUGCGCCUCAGAGUCCUCCAUCUCCUCGUGCAGCAGUCUCCCUGGAGGUCCCGGUACCAUCCUGAGUCUUCCGAAGUGUGGGAAAGGGAAACCUGCUUUGUUGCGAAGAAACACUGUGGAUGAUAAGACUGAAUUAAUUGCUUGCAUAGAAAAUGGUAAUUUUGCCAAAGCUGCACGAAUCGCUGCAGAGGUUGGCAACAGCAAUAUUUGGAUGCCCGCUAGUGCUGCAACAGUUGCGCUGGAACCCCUAAAGCUAGUUUGGGCCAAAUGUAGUGGAUACCCCUCCUACCCUGCAUUGAUCAUCGACCCCCACAUGCCGCGCGUGGGCUGCCAGCACAACGGGGUGUCCAUCCCCAUGCCCCCCCUAGACGUGCUCCGCAUCGGAGAACAAAUGCAGUACAAAGCCGACGAGAAACUCUACCUCGUGCUCUUCUUCGACAACAAGCGCAGCUGGCAGUGGCUUCCUAGAUCCAAGAUGGUUCCCCUGGGCAUUGACAAGACCAUCGACAAGAUCAAGAUGAUGGAAGGCCGCACGUCCGGCAUCCGCAAGGCGGUUCAGGUGGCCUUCAGCCGCGCCAUGAACCACCUGAGCAUCGUGCGGGACGAGCCGGUCAGCGACCUCAGCGACGUGGACUGACGAGCCGCAGCCCCUUCUCGCAAACCCGCACCUCUUCCUCUCUCAGAGACGACAAUGUUUACUGGGCCGUCGCCCCCUCCCUCGACCAGUCCCACUUGUACACACUCCUCUAACAUGCUGCUUGAAUGAAUGUCCCCCGCCCUCACGUCUCCAAAUGUAAGUGUGCUUUAGAGACCGUCUCCACUGUCCUCUUGCAUAAUGUUUCAGGACUUAAAUGAUUUAGUUUGGCUAUGGUGUCACUCUUUCAUUUUUUUUUCUUUUUUUUUAUUUUUGGCACAAAAACCUUUCCUGUCCACAUGACUGUAACGUUUCUGUCACGGUCCCAUUUGCAUAUGAAAUCAUCCCUAUUUACAAACACCCGCCUUUGUAUUUAAACUGUAAGUAUGUACAGUUGCUCGACACUAACUUAUUUAGUAGUUUUGACCUACAUGACUGCUUUUUAUUUAUACUUGAUGCAUUUUGUGGCACUAAGGCACGCGAGUGCUGUGUGAGCAAGGAGAGCGAGGAGAAAAAAAAGCCUUAUUGUUAAGCAGGUUAGGGCUGAACCAACGUGUAUGAAAGUGUUCUUUUUCCUAUUUUAAAUUAUUGAACUUUAUUAUCAAGACUCUAUUUGGUAUUAAUCCUUUUGUAUUGAAUAGUGUGUAUUUUUGUUCCUAUAUAGUAUAUUUAUAUGGUUUGAAUACAACAUAAUGUGUGACGCGCAGUCUGAUUUUGUCGACGAACAAACCAAAAACUUUGCUACUCAGAUUUUUCUUUAUUUUUUGCAAGUUUUCUGUGGGAUGUGUGAACAUGUUGCCAAAAAAAAAAAAGUACAAAAGUAAUUUUUAU